UCGUCUCCUUUGGCCGGAUGGUGUUUGUGUAGAAGGAAGUUUUGUUUUGCGAGUUUUUCCGUCCGUUUCGACUGACUGGGUAUUUUUAGUUAACGCGCUCAAAAGAGCACCAAAUGAUAUUAGUGUGAAUUGCGUUUAAAGCGGCGGAACUCUAAACGUUACACUUCAGAGUAACCCGAGAGCAACUUCCUGCUAAGCUAACGUUACCUAGCUUAGUUAGCGCGGCUAGUGUUGGGCUCUGGUUUGUGUUGUGUUUGAAGGCGCUCUCCGAGCUAACGAAGCCAUGGGGAACCGGGGCAUGGAAGACCUGAUUCCCCUCAUCAACAAGCUCCAAGACGCCUUCAGCUCCAUUGGCCAGAGUUGUAAUUUGGACCUUCCUCAGAUCGCUGUGGUCGGUGGACAGAGCGCUGGGAAAAGCUCAGUCUUGGAAAAUUUCGUUGGCAGGGACUUUCUUCCCCGUGGAUCAGGCAUUGUUACCCGUAGACCUCUCAUUCUGCAGCUGGUCAACAAUAAAGCCGAAUAUGCUGAAUUCCUGCACUGCAAAGGGAAGAAGUUUGUGGAUUUUGAUGAAGUGCGGUUGGAAAUUGAGGUGGAGACCGAGAGGAUAACGGGCUCCAACAAAGGCAUCUCUACCAUCCCAAUUAACCUGCGGGUCUACUCCCCAAACGUGCUGAACCUGACCCUGAUCGACCUCCCGGGAAUGACUAAGGUUGCGGUCGGAGACCAGCCUGUAGACAUAGAGCACCAGAUCAGAGACAUGCUGCUGCAGUUCAUCACCAAGGAGAGCUGUCUCAUCCUGGCCGUCACACCGGCAAACAGCGACCUGGCCAACUCGGACGCUCUGAAGAUCGCCAAGGAGGUGGACCCACAGGGUCUGCGUACCAUUGGUGUAAUAACAAAGCUGGACCUGAUGGAUGAAGGGACGGAUGCAAAGGACAUCCUAGAAAAUAAACUCCUCCCACUGCGUAGAGGCUACACCGGUGUGGUGAACCGCAGUCAGAAAGACAUCGAUGGGAAGAAGGACAUUCGCGCUGCUCUGGCUGCGGAGAGGAAGUUCUUCCUGUCCCACCCGGGCUACAGACACCUGGCAGAGCGCAUGGGCACACCGCAUCUACAAAAGCUGCUCAACCAGCAAUUGACCAACCACAUCAGGGACACUCUCCCUGGUCUGCGCAGUAAGCUGCAGAGUCAGCUCCUCUCGCUGGAGAAGGAGGUAGAGGAGUACAAGAACUUCCGUCCAGAUGACCCGACACGCAAGACCAAGGCCUUGUUGCAGAUGGUGCAGCAGUUUGGCGUGGACUUUGAGAAGUGCAUCGAGGGCUCCGGGGACCAGGUGGACACUAACGAGCUGUCGGGUGGCGCCAAAAUCAAUCGCCUCUUCCAUGAACGCUUUCCCUUCGAACUGGUCAAGAUUGUGUUUGACGAGAAGGAGUUAAGGCGAGAAAUCAGUCACGCAAUCAAGAAUGUCCACGGUGUCAGAACGGGGCUGUUCACUCCAGACCUGGCGUUUGAGGCCAUCGUGAAAAAGCAGAUCGUUAAGCUGAAAACGCCCUGUCUCAAAUGUAUCGAUCUGGUCAUUCAGGAGCUCAUCAACACAGUCAGGCAGUGCACCAACAAGCUCAAUUCCUACCCCAGACUGAGAGAGGAGACGGAGAGGAUCGUCACCACCCACGUCCGAGAAAGAGAAGGGAAGACGAAGGACCAGGUUCUGCUGCUGAUCGACAUUGAGCUGUCCUACAUCAACACCAAUCAUGAGGACUUCAUAGGCUUUGCCAAUGCCCAGCAGAGGAACACGGCUGCGAACAAGAAGAGGGCCAUACCCAACCAGGGUGAGAUUCUGGUGAUCAGGAAAGGCUGGCUAACCCUCAAUAUCCGCAUCUUGAAGGGAGGCUCCAAGGAGUACUGGUUCAUCCUGACUGCGGAGUCCCUGUCCUGGUACAAAGAUGACGAGGAGAAAGAAAAGAAGUACAUGCUGCCCCUGGAUAACCUGAAGCUCAGAGAUGUGGAGAAAGGCUUUAUGUCCACAAAGCACAUCUUUGGAAUCUUCAACACCGAACAGAGGAACGUGUACAAGGAUCUUCGGCAGGUAGAGCUGGCCUGUGAUUCUCAAGAGGAUGUGGACAGCUGGAAAGCCUCCUUCCUCAGGGCCGGAGUUUAUCCGGAGAAGGACCAGAUGGAGAAUGAAGAUGCUGCCCCUGCGGACACGUUCUCCAUGGAUCCUCAGCUGGAGAGGCAGGUGGAAACCAUCCGCAACCUGGUGGACUCAUACAUCGGCAUCAUCAACAAAUCCACCAGAGACCUCGUGCCCAAGACCAUCAUGCAUCUCAUGAUCAACAGUUCAAAGGAUUUCAUCCACUCGGAGCUGCUAGCCUACCUCUACUCAUCUGGGGACCAGAGCAUCCUCAUGGAGGAAUCGGCCGACCAGGCCCAGCGCAGAGACGAACUGUUGCGCAUGUAUCAUGCACUCAAGGAGGCGCUGCUCAUUAUUGGCGACAUCAGCACCGGUACCAUCUCCACCCCGGUGCCCCCGCCCGUAAAUGACGGCCGGAUGCAAGAAGCCAGCCCCAACCCUCAGCGCAGGGCACCCCCGUCAGCCGCCCCGACCCCCAGCCGCCCGCCUGCCGCUCGGGGCCCGACACCAGGACCGCCCUUGAACCCUUCCCCUGCCUUUGGAGCUCCGCGCAACCCCUCUCCCGCCUUCGGCGCACCACCAAUCCCCUCUCGCCCAGGACCACCCAUCAACGCCUUCAACAGCUACCAGGAUCCCUUCAGCGCCCCCCCACUGAUCCCCUCCCGACCAGCCCGCGUCCCACCCGGUGUACCCAGGCGCCCGGCUCCCCGUCGAAACCAGUGGUGACCUUGAUCAGCCCGAGGUGGAUGUGAAAUGACUUCAAUCCACGACAGCAGCAGGACCACAGAAGGACUAUACGUCUUGUUUUCAUUUCACUCACAACCAAAAGCUCCAACAAUGCUGUUGCAGAGCUACAGUAAUCUGUGCUGUCAGCAUAACAUGCAAACUUUAGUUAUUGAGGCAUCAAACUGACGUUAUUUUGUCGACAGUGAAUGUUUCAAACGGUUCUAAGCACUAAAAUGUUUUGAGUAUUUCCACAGAUGGUCAGAACUAAGUUUGUAUAGCGUGAAAUGUAGUUUAACAUGUAAAUCUAAUGCAGAUAUUUUUCAGUUUCCUACUUCAUACCACACAAUCUCUCACUCAAUUAUUUCUUUGAACAAAAACUAAUUAGAGAUAAAGUAUAAGCGCACUUCUAACCAGAUACGGUACAGUGCCUAUAGUCAUAAAGACGGUCUAAGAUUAGAUUUUUAUUAUUGUUGUAGCAUGUGUUCAGAAAAAUGCGUUCCUCGUGGUGGAGCGUGACCAUUAAAUGUGCUUUAUGACAGAAAAUGUUAAUGAUGAAGCUAAACAGUCCCUGGAGGUUUCAACACAGACGACAAUAGUAGUGAUUGAAAUGCACAAUACAUAUGUAUGAUUUUACCACUGUAACCAAAUGACUGCAAUGCAUCCAAAUAAUGGCAAAGAAAUGAAUGUUUAAGCCAAAACUAGCUUUGCCAUCUGCAUGACUUUAAUGACUUCUGCAUAUUUAAUCUCCAGAUGAAUGAACUGAUCAGGGAGAUUGUCUGUUUUUUAUGAUGUUUUUGUUUUUUAUCACAGUAAAGAUAUAGGUGUGAUCUCUUUUUUUAAACAGCCUGGGGCUUAGUAAUAAAACAUUGUGCUGAGUUUCUGAUAUUCCUUUCUUGAUAUAGUUUGUUUUGAUUAUUAGCCUAAAAUAAUUAAAUGUUCAUUUUGAAGUGUAGUCUGAAAUUGAAUAAAACAUUCCAGCUGUGGUUUUCUAGUUUAGCGAAUGACUAACAAAUAAAAGUGCUGCAAG